CCCUAAUGGAGAGAACUUUGGCUCUGCUACGGAGUGGAAUUAGCUGUCUGGAUCAGGUAGGCUUUAUUUGCAUGUUACACGUUAACAAGCAUACUGUUUCUUCUGAUACCCUUGGAUUUACCUUGAAUUUAUGUUGUGUUUGCCCCAGAUCAAAGUAGCUUUCACUUAACUAAGGAGCAGCUAACUGCUCUCAUUGUGCUUUGAAAAAAAUGAUGUUGAAGGUAUUAAGGUAUUCUUGCAAAAACAAACAAACAGAAAAAAAAAAACCUUCACAGUUUUGUAGUUGGCUUUGAAUAUAAUCUCUGUAAUUAAUGUUCAAAACAAAUUUGAAAGGUCGAUCUGUGCAGCAAAAUGUCUAAGGUGGUGAUAUACUGCUACGCUUGGAUGAAAGAGCUGUGGGAAAGGUGAGAUGAAAGGCAAUUUUCUGUGUGAUAAGUAAUCAAGAAAGAUUACGUGUGCUGUUCAUAGUGUUCCAGAGGCUGAAAAUCCAGCACAGGCUGUUGUGAAAGGUGACCUGACAGCGGAGUUGCAAUGGGUGCUGAUGACAAUUCUUAGCAUCCGCUCGAGAGAUGAACGCUGCUGUCCCUGGGCCAAGAACAGGUGGUUUAAGAUCGGCAAGGGAUAUGAAUUUCUGCUUCAUCAAGUGUGAAUUCUAUUAGAAGAUUGUUUUGGCAUAUUCAAAGAACAGUGAUUUCUCCUGUGAUUGAUUUUUGUAACCCGGGUUUUCACUGGAAAGCUUCUUGUGCUGCUCUCAUUGUUCCUACAAACAUAUUUAGGCAAAGCUGUUCAUAUGGGUUGCAAGGGCAGAACUGCUCGUUUGGCUAGGAUGAUGAGAUAAAAUUUUUGAAUGAAGAAUCAAGCUCGAAUUAUACUUGCAGUGUGAAUUCCUGGAAAUGGAAUCCAAAUCUUUGCUAUCAAAUUCUGCUGCUUUAGAAUCAUAGAAUGGCUUGAGUUGAGUUUAAAACUAAUUGCGUUUUCUGCUCUAUCAUGUUUUUAUCCUCAUUUCUUGUGUAAAAAGCUUUGUUUUUUCUUAUGACAAAUUGCUUUCUUCUACAGUUUAGCAGUCUUCUCUUUAAAGAAAUAUAACACCACUUGGUUGGUAGAUCUUCAGCCAGUCUUUCCAGUAGACUUACUCGUUUCGUUUUGGUGUUAAUACAAACUUGUUACCUUUAGAAUAAAUUCUCUUUUCAGGUGAGAUUUUCAUAACAGUUGUAUGGAUUUACACUAAAACUGUAAGGGUCCCUUAGGUGUGUGGUGUUUCAUUUUCACUGCAUUCCUCAAAUUAGGAAGCACUGUGAGCAGUUACCCUGGGAACUUCUGAAUAGGUACUUCCAGUUGCUAUGUGGAGUUGCAGCCAUGCACGGUUUCAAAGCAGUGUUGGUGUGUUUGUUACUGCGCUGCAGUCUCCAGGUCUGAUUCAAUUCAACUUUGAGCAAAUUAAUAUCAUAAUUUUAAUAGUAAGUUUCCUAUUCAGAGAACAUUGUUGAACAAAUGUAGCAGCUGAGCAAACACAAACACCAGAUGGCAGUAUUUGAUUAGUUUCUGACCUCUGCCUUUCAAAUCCAUUCCAUGUUUUUCGACUUCAUUAAACCUACUUUUGAGAGCGGCUGAGAUCUUUUUCUUGAAAAGUCCUUAAGAUAAACAAAGAAAUAAACCCUGAAUGAAUGCGAACCUCCAACUGGGAGCUCAAAGCAAACCACGCUGUCCUCCACAAUCUCAGAGAGACCAAAACGAGUUACAGCUACUUGGUUAGUGUAAUGGUUUGUUUUGUGGAGGAGUGUGCUUCCUCAAUACUACUUCUACCUCCACGUACCUUUUGUGGCAGUUCUUGGUAGCUUCUGAAGAGAUCAUGCCUAUGAAGGCAGUUAGCAGUUUGGGACUUGAUUUAUAUGCUAAUCUGACUGUAAACCAUGUAGUUUCAGUAAAUCUAAUUUCUAUUCAUUAUGGUGAAAUGAAUAUUUUCUGAAAUGUUUUGUGUGUGUUCUUUUAUAAAAUUAAAAAAAAAAAAACCACCAACACACCUGUGUAUACAUAGAUAGUAGUCUGUAUUUGGAAGCCAGCUUCAUUUACACUCAUUAAGAGGUGUUCUUUUUAUUAUUAAAGUCCACAUUUGUUUCUGAAUUCAAGACACUGUCUAUCAGAAAUCGUGCUUCAAACCUCAGGAUAGAGAAAUUGAUAAGUGGCACCAAAUUCAUUACAGGAUCUGUACUGAUUUCUUUUUGACUUGUUAUGUUUUGGGUGUUCUUUCUUCUUAAAGUUGGUGUUUCAUCUAGAAAGUGUAGAGGCAGAAAACUGAUUUAUCAAUUGCUUGGGAUGCAAGAGCCUUAGCUUUAUCUCUUUAGCAACCUCUCAACCUGGUGUGUUGUCAAAAGUCUGCAGUCAAGGAAAGAAGCUCCAUUGUUCAUCUGGGAUCUCAGUUGAUGUUGCAUUAGGACCAGCUAUAGUUAAAUAUAAAGGGCUGUAAGGCCCUUGUUUCCCACUGACUUCUGAUUCAUUGGGUACAUCAUCAUGAAACUUCUGAAACUUCUGGACAGAUGAGACUCCUCCAGAGGCUAACAGUGUGUUACAGAUUCCUGUGAAAACAGUGAUGGUCUGUUAUGCUGUGAUCUUGACACUCUGGAAAUUUCCAGUUAGGAAAAGUUAUGUCAGCUGCUCUGCAGUUUUCUGAAAACUGACACUGGAUUUCCUUCAGAAAAGAGUGUUUGAGCAUUAAGGAGAACCUGAGGGAAAAUUUUGGCAGUUAAGUGUUUCUUUCUUCAGGUUCAGACCUUACCCAUCUGAAACAUACAAACCGCAUGUUCUUUUUGCCUCGAGUCUUCAUAUACAUUCAUAAAACAUCAUUAGUUUAGUACAGAAGAUUAACUCUAAAUGCUGUCAAUAUGUUCUUGGAAUUCUCAGUUUUCAUGUUCUGCCAUGGAUCUUUAAUUGGAUUUCUAAGCCAGCUUUCUUAUCAACUGGGUUUGGGCAGGCUAGCAGAACUUGCGUUUUGCUCGGGAAGUUGUGGAAGUGUGGAUCAUGGAUAUGAGGACAGCUUUACUCAGAGUCCUGUGGGCCUUGCUACUCCUCCUCGAUGCUGACACGAUCAGAAGUCAUGUCAGUAGCCAGUGAGCUGCUUAUACAGGUUUGUAUGAUUUUUCUUCUGUGUAUACUUUGUAGUUGCUGAGGCUGCCAAAUGGGGUUCAGAGCUCAGCUCGCAGGUGGUCACUGCAUUUAUUCUGCUGCCCCUUCAAAAUGUGCUGAUAUGUUGAUAAGGUGUCUUGGUGAGAUCACUGCUUGAAUCACUUCUGAGUCAGUCCAGUAAGUCAAUGUCAUGCAGCCGAAUGUCAUUCUGAUAUAAAAUAGCAUAUGAUUCUAUUUUUCACACUAGAAUCUCCCUCAACUCUGCACCACCAGUUCCAUGCUGUGCCAUUUCCCUACAUGUUUUCCUGCUUCUGUUAUUCCUAAAGAUUUAUCUUGGGCAGUUUACAAAUGAACAGUAUCUGUACCUUGAUUUUCUGUAUUUUUCUUUGUAUAACUUGUUAUCCAUGAGAAUAUGACUGACUACACAGAAUAAACUACUCUCAGUAAAUGGUGACACAAGAACAAAAGGGUGAGAUUUUUCCUCUGAAAGGGUCCGAUCCUACAUCACAUGCUCCAAAGUUAUAUUUUAGAGGACUAAAAUUUGCUUUCUGAAAGAAAAGCAUUGCUUGCAUUUUUGUAUUUAUCACAUAGCUGUAUCUAAAAUACAAAAAGAGGUUUUCCUAAAUGAGAAGUUGUUACUGACCGUGUGUAAAUGGCCAGUAGUUGAGUUUGAAAAUGUUACAGCUGAUGCUUUCUUUAUAAUGAGUGAAAUCAGUGAUCUUUUCAAACCUUGAACUCCAAAAGAAAUGCUUGAAAUCCUUCAUCACCAUUACACAUGAUUUUUGGUCGUUUUAAGUAUGUGCUCUGUGGAAUAAUUUCUGUUGGUUAUAAACCCACUUACAGGAAAGAAGAAACACCUAGCAGGUCAAGGGUGUUAAAACCUGUACGCUCAAGUGUGUGGCCAGUAUUACUUCAAGUUUUGGUUUUAUUUUGUAUAGACUGAUCAGGAAAUGUCACAGACGGUAUCCUUCAAAAAGGCUGCGACAAAGCUAUUUUAAUAAGAAAAAUGAAUGUCUGAAUUAUUUAAAAUAGUUGGUGCAACUGUUACUGCUAACUAAUCCAGGCACUUGGAAGGCAAUUACACUGAGCUUUGACAACAUUGCCAACCCACUGCACAGAGCCUCAUGCCAAAAGCUAUUGUUGUUUUAUUGACCACGUUCACCAUUACAUAUGCAUAUGAAAAAACAGAGGCAUUUUCAUUGGGAUUAGCCUAAUAGCAUUAAGAGAUUAUUUUUUAAAUUUCCUUGGAAGGAAAUGCACUUAAAUGAGAUUACUUAUUACUUGACUGGUUUCCUAUCGUGCUGCUAUGUUUAGGUAAGUGGAGUCCAUUAGAGUAUAAAGUUUUUUUAAAAAAAACUGAUUUUAUACAUUAAUGAUUUCGAAUAAAAGAGAAGUCCUAUAUUUGUGCAUAGCUUCUUUUGAGAAAGUUAAGUCGAUGUUCUGGUUAGGAGAGAUAACACUUCUUGUCCCUCUUGGUGGCCCCCCUAGUGUCACCAUUAGUUGCUAAUUACUUGCAAACAAAUAAACAAUUAACUCCUCGUGCCUCUUGGUGGGAGAGUUUUCAUUGACAUGCUAAAACUUUCUAAUAAAAGAUUUAAUUAAUGACGUUGCAAAUCCAACCCCCUUGUCAACAUAGCUAUAAGGAGGACUUCAGGAGAAAUGCAAGUACAGUGCGUGUGCUGUGCUGGCUGAAGGUGAAACCAUGGCAAGUACAUCGCUGUGUGCAGCUAAUCCAUCAGCAUCUCAGAAUCUUCAGAAGGUGUCUGGUUUUGUAGAAAAUAAAACCACACAGUGCUCAUUUUCCAUCGAAAGUAUUUUAGGAUUGGAGCAGAAGAAGGAUGGCAUUGCAGCAGUGAAACCUCACAGACCGUGGAUGGAUGCAUGCACCAACUUGGUUUUAGGUGAUGACAGUAAUUCCCAUCUGCAAAUCCCUGUUGUUUCCUAUGAAAAUUCAUUACUUCAUGCUAACAGCAAUACAGUGCAAGAGGAAAAAGUUUUGAAAUGUGACAAAUAUUUUUCAGUCACUGAAAGGCUAUCUUUCAAACGAGAAUUGAGCUGGUACAGGGGUAGAAGACCAAGAACUGCUUUCACUAGAAGCCAGAUUGAAGUCUUGGAAAAUGUUUUUAAAAUGAACUCCUACCCUGGUAUUGAUAUCAGAGAAGAAUUAGCUCGCAAGCUAGAUUUAGAUGAAGACAGGAUCCAGAUCUGGUUCCAGAACCGUCGUGCAAAACUGAAGAGAUCACACCGAGAAUCCCAGUUUCUAAUGGUGAAAAGUAACUUCACAUCCAGCCUGCUGGAGUAGGAGAAGGAUGGUUUGC